AACCUUAGCUUUCAUCAUCUGCUCAACUCUUCUCUUCUCCUUAAUUCUGUGUAAACAAUUUUCAGCUCUGAUACAAACUCUUCAAGCUCAACAACCUUAGCUUCUUUGCACUCUUAACAAGCCAAAAUUUUUUGAGCUGCAUAUUCUGCUGCUUUAAACUUUGCUGUGGACAGAAUUUUCAUUGCCCUUUGGAAUUUUGGUCUUGAAUUUUCCAGGCAGUAUCGGUGACCAAGGUAACUGUGGAGAUAAGAUGAGCAUUGUGUAUAGCCAUGCUGUGAAGUAUUCCCAAGAAGUGACAAGGAUGAACACAGACAUGGAUUCAAAUAUCGGUCAACAUUGUCACCAGCAAAAUUCUGGGCUAAUGAGGUACCGUUCUGCCCCAAGCUCAUUGCUCACAAAUCUUGUGAACAAUAACAACCACAACGUCAACAACAAUAUCAACAACAACAACAUUGGAUGUGUCAAUGAUGAAACUUUCAGAAGUGACCGUAAUAACCAUCAGCAGCAGCAGCAGAGCUAUCAUCCCUCCACAAGUUCUGAAAUGGAGACCAUGUUGGCCAAGUUGAUUUCUUCCGAUGAUUCUGAGCCUUUGCAAGAGUUUGGAGGGAAGCCAGUGAAGGAAGAAGCAGGGGACAGUGGUUACUCUUUCGGAUCUUCACCUCAGAUAAUGUACCAAACUCAGCAAGUUCAAGGCUUUUCUAUGCCAAAUGGUUCUUUAAGGCCUGCAGGGAAUGGUUUUGAUGGCUCAUUCAGUGCAGUGAAUUCCAUGGCUUCUCAGAAUUCCACACAAACCAAAAUGGUUGCUUCCACCAAUUGCUCCAAUCUCAUUAGGCAAAAGAGUUCCCCUGCAGGGUUUUUCUCCAACUACUCAGUUGAUAACACAAUGAGAGAGGUGGGAAGUUUUAGAGGCUGUGAUGUAUCAAAUGGGCAAGCUAUUGCAUCCGGUAGUGGGUUGCAUGGUACUUUGAACUUCUCAUCAAGGAUAUCAUCAUCUUCUUGCUCCACCAGAAUGCCACAGAUUGCUGAAAAUGGAAAUGAAGUUGUGGAACCAAAUUGUGUUGAAAGCAGAAACCUGAGGAAUGACAGUGGCAACACUAAGUGUUACAUGCCUAGUUUCACCUCUGACUUCUGGGAUGGUUCUGCAAUCAGUGCCUCCAGAACAGCUACUAACAACUGUGAAAUAUCAUUUUCCACUUCAAAUGCAAUGGAUAUUCAGAAUGCAGAUUUUGGAUAUCAGAAACUUGGUCUGACCCAUCAUUUGAGUCUUCCUAGCUCUUCUACCAGAAUGACUACCAUGGAGAAGUUAUACCAAACUCAAGGAACUGUUCCAUGCAAAAUUCGUGCCAAGAGAGGUUUUGCCACUCACCCAAGAAGCAUUGCUGAAAGGGAAAGAAGAACAAGAAUCAGUGCAAGAAUCAAGAAAUUGCAAGACCUUUUCCCAAAAUCAGACAAGCAAACAAGCACAGCGGAUAUGUUGGAUUUGGCUGUUGAGUACAUCAAAGACCUGCAGAAACAAGUUAAGAUGCUGGCUGACACUAGGGCAAAGUGCACUUGUACAAGUAACCAGAAGCAAUAAUAUUGUAGAACUUGUGCCUGAUUUAUGUCAUUGUAGAUAAAAGAAAGAAGAAGCUUCUUUUUUGUACUGAUAUAAAAAAUUUAGGGUCAUUGUGAUUAUGUAGAAUAGUGCUGAUAUCUGGUAGUAUCAAAGAAGUUAUUAUAGGCUCAGCUCUAUGUGAAUCUCUUCAGUUUUGUUUUCCAUUUUCCUUCAUUAUUUCCUUCUUUCUUUCCACUGCUUGAUUUAAGGAUCAUGAUGUAAUAGCUAGUUUAGAAAGAAUCACUGUAACUGCUCUUUCUACUUAUCAGAGGUUUCAUGGUUCCACAAAACAAA